CCUGGAUGAAAUUUUGGGUUUCUGUUGCAUACACAUGUGCUUAAUUAGUCUGCAUUCUUACUGCCGAACAGGUAAAUUGCUACUUUUGACUUACAAGUGCAUCCUAAGCUGUUUUGUUAAUUUGGAUUUACAGUAUCUUUGCAGUAUCUAGUUUAUGCUGAAGUUUGAUCUCCAUGAAUGAAAACCGGGCUAGGACAUCUUUAGUAGUUAUGUGCUGCUUGAUUUUAUACAUGUGCUUUUAGUGUAAGUGUAUUUGUGAGUAUUUGUGUGGUCAGAUUUUGAUCUUUUUGGAUAAGGUGUGAUAGUUAUGGGUGCAAAAAACAGCCCUAAAAAUGAAUUUAUAUACUCAGGUUGUUGAAAAAUUAAUUCAUAUUGAGAAACAUGGCAGCUGAAACAGGAUAAAGUGGUAGUUCAUAGAAUUCAGAUGAAACCAGAUUAUGACUAAAACCGAAGUUGAUACAAAUAGUUGGUGUUUAGAGGGAAUUGGGUGUCUCCUUCAUUCUGACACCUUGUUCGAUACCUGCUGGUUUGCUGAUUUUUGUUAUUUGUUUCCUCCCCCCCCCCCCCCCGGCAGUUUAUAUAUGCUAGGUUAUAUUGAUGGGAUAAGUGAUACAUGGUAUGGAAAUAACCAUAUAAUUGGUUUGGGACGUAAUUAAUCAGAGGGUUUGGCAUUGAGAGGUUAAACAUUCAUCUUUUUCAGGAAUGGCAGCAGAUGAAAUUCAAAAAGUACAUCAUAUUCUUAUUUAAUACUGUAAGAAGGUUUCCCCUUAAAUUCUGCCUUUGACGUACUGUGUUUUUUGAGAGGGUAAACCUUAGUAUCUGGGGUUUUCUGUAAUCUUUUCCUACGCAUUCUUCCUUAUGAUGAUGGAGACAUUUGUUAACCAAUGACCAAUACAUAAUUCUGUUUUCUGGGGGGUUUAGGUGUCCUUAAUAGGUGGAGACUGUCUGAGUUUGUUCCUGUCGUGAAUGAUCUUGAGAGCAAAUCUACUCAGCCAUGUCGUACGGUGCGGGUUUUGGGGAUCCUAAUCAACUAGCCCAACGCAUAACUUCUAACAUCCAGAAGAUCACACAAUGCUCUGCUGAAAUACAAAGAAUACUACAUCAGCUUGGAACACCACAAGACUCGCCUGAGUUGAGGCAACAGCUGCAACAGAAGCAGCAAUACACCAACCAGCUUGCCAAAGAAACUGACAAACACAUUAAAGAAUUUGGAUCUUUGCCUGCAACAAGUGAACAGCGUCAAAGAAAAAUACAGAAAGACCGUCUUGUUGGGGAGUUCACCACAGCACUAACAAAUUUCCAAAGACUCCAAAGGCAAGCUGCUGAGAAAGAAAAAGACUUUGUAGCCAGAGUAAGAGCCAGCUCAAGGGUAUCUGGUGGUGCUCCUGAAGAUACCUACAAGGAACGAACACUUGUCUCUUGGGACAGUCAACCACAGGCACAAGUGCAAGAUGAAGAAAUUACAGAAGAUGAUCUCCGUCUUAUUCAGGAGAGGGAAUCUUCCAUUAGGCAGCUUGAAGCAGAUAUUAUGGACAUCAAUGAAAUUUUUAAAGAUCUAGGAAUGAUGAUCCAUGAGCAAGGUGAUGUGAUAGACAGCAUAGAAGCCAAUGUGGAGAAUGCAGAUGUACAUGUGCAGCAAGCAAACCAGCAGCUGUCAAGAGCAGCAGACUACCAGAUCCCGAAAGAAGAUGUGCAUCCUCAUCAUUGUACUUGCUGUUGGAGUAUUGCUUCUCGGAAUCAUCCUGUGGUUCACUACAAGAUAAGCUUCUGGAGAAAGUGUUGUAAUUGGUAUUUAAAUUAUGAAAGGAAAUUCCUAGUCAUGGUUUGUUCACCAUGAAGCUGAAUAAAAUAAUAGUCCUGUACUUCAUCAUGCUUACUUUUUUUAUGAGUUUUUGUUUUAACCGGAGGAGUAACAUUCUCAGUACUACCAUCAGUAUAACUGCCUGCCCUCUUGGACGUGGGUGCUGUCUUACCAGAAAAAAAAAAGUCAUAAACUGUUCUAUUAACUUAAAUGUAAAAGCCUCUUAAGGUUUAGGGGGCUAAUCAAAAUCCUGAUACUUUGCUUUGAUGGGUCAGGCAAUUAUCUUUUGGGAUAUUGCUAAAUGUUGCUGCCAAAACAAACUCCAGAACUGUUGCUUGAGGCAACGAAUUCACAUCUCAGAAUUUAUUUUUAAGUUAGAAGUUUCUUUCUAGCUCACUUUUCAUCCCACUCAUCUGCCCAUUUGAUAUGGGUCAUUCAAAAAUAAGAUACAGGUUGCUGAAGUUGGUGUGAUACUUGUUUUAUAACUGAAGCCUUUGAAUUAAGCAUUCAGUUUGCCUGAAAUCUUUUAGAUGCUUCAUUUAUCUCUGUACCUGGCAUUGAGCAUGUUUAUGCCUGGAAGCCUCCUGCAAAGGUAGGUAGGGUAGAUGAUGUAAUUAUGUGGAUUUUUUGUUUCAGUUCUUGCAUUAAGAAAUACUGUGUUUUAUGUGCACACGUUUGGUAUCUUUGCAUCUGAAGUGUGCAUCAAUGAGCUUGGCUACAUGAAAAUAAGCUCUGUGAAUUCUUAGGCUUACUGGGAAGAACAGAAGUUCCCAACUUCCUAACUGCACUUGAAUGUCACUGUUCUGAAACUGCUGUGAUUCGGUUUCUGUGAACAGAUCCAAAGUACUAUGUGAGGUCUUUCAUACAGCUGAAGAAAAGAAGAUUACAAGUUCAAUUACAAGUUCAAGAGUGGUAUUUGAAAUGAAGUUGAAAUCAAUUGAACUGAAUCAAACUGUUUAAGACAUUUGAUGUGUAUAGCCUUUGAAAUGACCUUUUUCCUUUUGUGACAUUUUGUACUAAUAUAUUAAAAAAUGUAACAAAACUUUUUUGCCAAUUAAUCUAUUUGCCUUUUUAAGUGAUCUUGAUGAACUAAUCUGAAAAGUGUACAGAAGAAAAAGUUACUUAAUCUGUAUUUUAUAAAGUUCUUGUGCACCAGACUGAUAGCAAAUGCACUGUUUACAUGGUGAGAUAUAAAAUAUUAUUUGGGAGCAAUCUAACUGUAAGCAUAAAUGGACUUCAGAAUUGUAACCAUGAAGCCAAAAUAAAGGUCUUUUAAAGAGUA